ACAGAGUUCUUUGAUAAAAUGUGAAAACUAUACGUCCAAAACUUCAUUUGAAAAUCCUCCAUCGAAUGUCUCAAACUUCAUCAUUUACUCAUCAUCAUAACAAUUACUCUCUAUUCCCGUUCUUUUCGAUUCAAUCUUCCUAGUCUUCUGUUGUCAAGCAUUCCACUUCUGACUUGUGUUAUAUACUAUUUAUGUAGACAUGAGUAACAUACACCACAGUGGUAAAUCCAGACUACUAGGUUUAGGAGACGUUAAGUGAAGUGGUUCAUGAUCGAUUACAUUUACUUUUUGUCGCAUUCUAGGUCUUGAGUUUCAAUCAUUGUUCAAUGAAUACCUUUGUAUUCAUUCUUCGUAAACUAUAUUCUCUGAAUUUAAAUCAUUUAUGUUCUUAUUGUUAUUACAAUUAUUUUGAUUUCUUUAUUAUUCCUUCUUUUGUUUUUAGUUUCAUCUUAUUGUACUUAAGUGAUAGAUCAUACUCAUAAUUGUUCCAUAUUCAACAUUAAUUAUGACAAACUGUUUACAGUUGACGAUCAAAAGUUAUUAAUCGUUCUUGUAUAUAAGAAAGGAAACAGAAUAGAAGAAGGAACUAAUUAUUGGAAUAUAUAUAUUUUUCCCUAUGAAUAAAAGAAUUCCCUAUUGAAUUCUAAUAAACUGACAGGUAUUCAAAUCAAGUAAUUAUCAUGACACACAUUCAGACGCCCCACAAUGGUAGUAUUUCUCGACCUUAAGGCGGCAUUCGACUCUGUUGAUCGUGAGGUUCUAUGGCAGUGUUUGUCACUGAAAGGAGUACCAAAGAAGUACAUUAACCUUAUAAAGGCUCUCUACUCGAACACAACUGGUAGAGUGAGAGCUUAUGGCGAACUGUCAUCACAAUUGAUUACCUCAAGUGGUGUUCGUCAGGGCUGUCUACUCUCUCCAUUCUUGUUUAACUUUGUCGUUGACGUGCUUUUAGAGAUAACACUCUCCUCAUCUAAAUUUCCAGGGGUUGAACUUCUACCAGGAGAUUCACUUGUUGACCUGGAAUAUGCCGAUGACAUAGUUUUAUUUGGUGAAGACGCUGACAAAAUGCAGAGUCUUCUGACCACUCUAAGCAACAAUGCAAGCAUGUUCGGGAUGCGAUUCUCUCCCUCGAAAUGCAAAAUGUUGCUUCAGGAUUGGGUUGCAUUGACACCCGAACUAAUGAUAGGGAGUGAAGUAGUCGAGCGUGUCGACCGCUUCACUUAUCUUGGAAGUCUCAUCAGCCCUUGUGGUCUGGUGUGUGACGAAAUCUCCGCACGGAUACAGAAGGCUCGACUAGCUUUUGCCAACUUGCGUCAUUUAUGGCGUAGGCGAGAUAUCCGUCUAUCAACCAAAGGACGUGUUUACUGCGCAGCAGUUCGUUCCGUCCUACUUUAUGGCAGUGAAACAUGGCCGGUAAGAGUAGAGGAUAUCCGUAGGUUACUAGUAUUCGAUCAUAGGUGUCUUCGAAAUAUUGCUCGUAGAUCCUGGGACCAUCGAGUAAGUAAUGAAGUUGUUAGAAAACGGGUACUAGGUAAGGAUGGAAAAUCAAUUGAUGAAGUAAUGGAACCUCAUCAGUUGAGAUGGCUGGGACAUGUGUUACAUAUACCUAACCACCGACCGCCCCGACGAGCGAUGUUUCAUGGUGGAGUAGGUUGGAAAAAAGUUAGAGGCGGCCAGACCAAAACAUGACACAAAUCCAUGAAUUCACUGACAAGUGGACUGAGCCGUGUUGGUAGAUGUAGACUACCUGGUUGGGAUCCGUGAGAUAAUAGCAACCGGUGGUUAGAGACCUUAAGUGAUAUGGCUCAAAAUCGUUUGUAAUGGCGCAGGUGCAUCCACUCUUUGUGUUCUACCAAUUUCUAAUCUUCUGAAUUCUUUAUAUCCCUUUCUUUUUUCUCUUCCCAAAUUUAUUUCACUGGAUUAUACUCCUUGAAUAACAUUUUCAAGCCCUAAUUUUUCUGAUUACAGCUUAUAAUUUUACUACAUUUAGCACUACGGGAUUUGAAUCGACCACAGCAUCUCUGUGCUAAUGUGGUGUGGCAACUCGAACUGAUGUACGUA